AUGCCCACGGAGGAUGCAGAGGACUUUGGGAUGGAAGUUGCUCUAAAGAAUCAUGGUCCCAAAGAGGUGGAGAGGGAUGGAGACUGCGGAAAAGGACCAGCUCUGGGCUCGGCAGUGGUACCGGAGGGCGAUCUGCUCCUACAGGCACUCAACGGCUUUGUGCUGGUAGUGACAUCGGAAGGACUGAUAUUUUACUCCUCGCAUACGAUUCAAGACUAUCUGGGAUUUCAUCAGACAGAUGUCAUGCACCAGAGCAUCUUUGAGCUGAUCCACACUGAAGAUCAGCNGGAAUUCAGGCGCAACCUCCACUGGGCCCUCAACCCACCCCACACUCCUGAAGGUGAGCCUUCUGCAGAAGGCAGGAAGAGUCUCAGCUCUUCUGCUGUCUCCUACAAGCCGGAUCAGCUGCCCCCAGAAAACUCCUCCUUUCUGGAAAGGAGCUUCGUAUGCCGCUUUCGCUGCCUCCUGGAUAAUUCCUCCGGCUUCCUGGCUUUAAACCUUCAAGGAAGGCUGAAAUUCCUUCAUGGGCAGAACAAAAGGUCUGAAGAUGGGUCUGCACUGCCACCCCAGCUUGCUCUCUUUGCCAUCUCCACCCCCUUGCAGCCCCCAUCUAUCCUGCAGAUUCGAACCAAGAACAUGAUCUUCAGGACAAAGCACAAGCUGGACUUCACCCCCUUGGCAUGCGAUGCCAAGGGGAAGAUUGUUUUGGGCUACACCGAGGCAGAGCUGCGAGUGUGCGGCACUGGCUACCAGUUCGUCCACGCUGCCGACAUGCUGUACUGUGCGGAGAACCACGUCAGGAUGAUGAAGACGGGUGAGAGCGGUCUGACGGUCUUCCGCCUGCUGACGAAGGAGAACCGCUGGAAGUGGGUGCAGGCCAAUGCGCGGCUUGUCUACAAGAACGGCAAGCCUGAGUACAUCAUUGUCACACAGAGACCCCUCAUAGAUGAAGAAGGAGGCGAGCACCUUCGGAAACGGUCCAUGCAUCUUCCCUUUACCUUUGCUACAGGAGAGGCACUCUUAUACAAAAGUGCUUACCCUCUCCCAGGAUUCCCUGACCCUUUCCAGAGCAAAGGGAAAGCCAGCAUGUCCAAGAAGACCUUCCACAGCGACAGAAGGCGCUCCCAGAAGGAUGGCGUUGACCCCAGCUCUCUGCUGGGUGCUGUCAUGCAACAGGAUAAGGCAGUGUACGUCUCCCAUCCAGCUCCCUCGCCUAACUGCUCCUUCAGCAGCAGUUUUGUGGACCACCUGAAGGAUGCGUCCUUGCUAGCUGCAGGAGGAGAUGCCUGGAGUAUGGGCACAGCUACAGUUUCCUCAAGUGGGGACAGCCUCAGAGAGAAGCUGGUGGAUUUGCAGCAGGAGGACCCUCUCUUGGCCACCCUGGACUCACUCUCAAUUAAGAGUGACGAGAGCUGUUCCAACAACGAGCUCUUCAGUGCGCUGGAGGGCCUCGGGUUGAAUGCUGAAGACCUGGAGCUGCUGCUGCUGGAUGAGAAAAUGGUGAUGGUCAAUAUGAACUCUGACAGCACCCCGCCCCUGAAUGACUGCCUCACCAGCAACAAUAUUCUCUCCUAUAUCCAAGCCACUCUGGUGAACAAGCACGAGGGAGGACAACAGGUCUGUCUCCUGCCAGGCACUUCCCCGAGCCUAUGUGGGGACACCGCUAUGUACCAGGCCCACGUGGAGGAUGAGGACUCGCAGAACCUGCCCCAGCAGGUGGUGCAGCCCAGCAUUGCCCCAGGCCAGCUCCCUGGUCUGUUGUGGGAACAGCCCCUCCAUGUUGUACCGGGGCAGCCGCCCCCACUGCUGCUGGAGCCAGCCAAGGAGGAGAAAGAGCCAUCUAAUGGCUUGCAGUGGAGGCCAGAUGGGGAGGAGGGUCUGCUCCAGUUCCUCCAGCCGGUGCAGGAUGCCCUGUGGGACAAGGUUCCUGGGUCACCCACAGGAGCCACUUGCCCACAGGAGCCACCCAGGGCUCAGCAGCUGGAGGAUGACUUCCUGGCGAUGCAUCCCACCCAAGAGGAUGCUCACGAGUCCUUCUCCCUGCCCAGCCAGGGCCACAUGGGACCACCUAGCCAGCUGAAACACCAUCACUUGCUGAUGAAUAAGUUGCGUGGCCACAUCCCUGACUCUACUCCACAUCUCCUUCCUAGCAGCAGCCCCAGCCCAUGGCAGGACUAUGUUUCCCCACUCCUGGGGUCCCCAGCUCAGCCCGGCUUUUAUGGCACCAACCAAGACUUAAACUCCCAGCACCAGGGCAGCUUGGGUCCCAGGCCCAGCAUGCCGACUGUACACUUUAACCUGAACAGAUUAUGCAGCAUGGAAACUGCGGGCAGCAGGGGGCGCCAGGAAGAGAUGGCUCCAUAUUCCAAUUUUUUCCCAUCCUCCUCAUACCAGUUUAAUCCUGAGAAGAAGCUGAGCCCUGUUCCCUCUGUGCCCCAGCACGCUUUUCCAAGCUCAGCUGCAGGGUGCUUUGGGAACAUCGGCAGUCUGUUGGAGACUCCUGUGAACUCCUAUGGGUCGUAUGCGACUGUGCUGAGCCAGGAGAGCAGGCACAGGCCCACUGAGCGUGAAGACACCACCAUCAUGGCCAUCGAGGGCAUAGCAGACUCUGACUCCUAUAAUGCGGAAGCUUGUGCUGCUAUGUUGGAUGUGCUUGUGGAAAGUGACAUCUCCAAUUUGGAACAUGGGCAGGCCCGCUGGGUGCUGCUGGUGAGGGGCAGUGGGCAGAGACAGGGCUGGCAGGCAGCCUGGGCCCCUGGGGUUGCCCAGGCCAUGGUGCUGUGGCUGAGACCCGCUGACACAGAGCUCUGGGCUUGCAGAGCUGCUGUAACCAUGUGGAAGGUGAUGGUCUCCGCAAGUAGGACUGCAGAGAGGGUGCUGGCAAAGCUGCUCUGCAUGCUGGAGGACUGGCCACUGCACAGCAUGUCCACCUCCGAUGGGGACAACAUUGACAUCUUUGACCUGGCUGCAACCAGGGCACUGCAGGAGAUCCUCCAGCUGCCCAGGCACCCAAGGCGCUUGAAGGUGCAUUUCACCUACCUCUUCCCAGCUCUGCUCUUCCAAAUUUUCAUCAGCACAGAGCAGAUGCCAGAGGAG